CCAACCCCUACUGGUAUUGAGCAAUCACCAUAUUUAUAAGUUCAUUAAGAAAGACGCCAACAAUCUGGUGUUGCCCAAUACCUCCCAGUUUUACUUACAAAACAUCCAGAAAUAUAUGCCGAUGCAAAGAGAUUUCGAGCUCUACUGCCAAUGCUCCCCUCCAACCCGCUUACCGAGUAUGCUAUCCAACAGCUGCUCGGGAGGAUUUGCAGAUGAGAAGUCCUAUACGGUGCUAAUCCCAUUUGAGUCUGCACGCCAUUUUAGCAGAUCUUCAGUUCAGACCUAUCAUCAAUCAUCUGGUUGAUCGAUCCGAUUCCCUCUUUUCUUGUGAUAUAAAUAGCCCGUAUUCCCUCAUACUCCUCACGAGCACCCCCUUGUCUUGCACAGACAAUUCUCCAUAUUAUUACCACCACCACCCUUACCACUCAAACCGCAUCAUGAUUGUCAGCGGACUUGAAGUCGUCACCCGCCAACUGGUGCGGAAUCUCCGCGGUGCCACCCAACAACAACCUUGCGGCAUUGAUCUCACCCUUCGUCAGAUCUCCAAAUGGACCUCCGCAGCGACCAUUGACUUCGAUAAUACGAAGCGCCAGGCAGCCAGAACCUCUAUCUUGCCGUUUGAUAACACAAGUCAUGCCAUUAAACUGCCACUAGGCGCUUAUUUGGUCGACUUCAACGAAACCGUUCACGUUCCACGGGACUGCAUGGGCAGCAUUUUCGCGCGGUCAUCCCUCUGGCGUUCUGGGGUGGGGAUUACGGCGGGUGUUGUCGACGCCGGUUAUGAAGGUGCUCUCGGUGCCCUGAUGGAGGUCAAGAAUCCCCACGGCGUCGUUCUGUAUCGAGACGCCAAGCUCGCGCAGAUUGUCUUUGAGGAGUUGAGCAAAGAGGUGGAAGGAUAUAAUGGUAUCUACCAGGCUUCCACGAGCAGUGUUGGGCGUGAUGGAACGGGUCAGACUUCAAACACUCAAGCAAGGGAUACUAUACUUAAAAGAUGAGGCAGGCAUUGGAACACUCACCGAAAUUGUUAGCUAGACCGGCCACUCAGGUUUGGCAUGGAGUUUUCUUCCCCCGUACCAUCGAUUUUG